AUGUGUCAUAACAUACAUAUGUCAGUAGUGGUAUGAACAAGUCGGUUAUUUUUGAUUGUAGGAAAGAUUAUUGUUAAUUUGUGAUUAUUAUUUAUUUUCAAUUAUUUUUGAACAUGAAGCCUGUACUACACAUUGAAAUUGUCCAAAGAUCUCAAAGCCGAGCUAAUAAAGAUGGUAUUAAAGAACUUGUUCGUCCCUUUCUGAUGAAUUUGGUGUCCUUAUGUCCUGGUGCCAUCCUAAGUGAAUCAGAUCUAGGUGAAUACCACGAUUUAAAAGAGCAUGUGCAAAUGAUAACCGUUUGCGAUAUUGAUAAUGAUACCGAAGUAAUAGCGUCAGAAGCAGUACUUGUAUAUCAUAUUUACAAAUUAGACACUUUUGGAGCAGAAACUGACACAAUGACAGACUCGAGCACAGGGGAAGAAUUUGCUGCUGCAGAAGUAUGGGCAUUACCGAGUCAAGAGUUCCAUGGACUCUGGGAGAGCCUUAUUUAUGAUACAAAGUUGAAGGAGGAUACAGUGCGUUUCGUGGAGACCGCAUUCGAGUUCGCUGACCGUGGUGUAGAUCCGAACAUUAUAGGGUGGAACCGAGUAGUGCUGCUGCACGGGCCUCCCGGGACUGGCAAGACGAGUUUAUGUCGAGCGCUUGCACAAAAAUUGUCGAUUCGUCUCGCUGAGCGAUUCCCGCGAGUGCGCCUGGUCGAGAUAAACGCGCACGGGCUCUUCUCCAAGUGGUUCGCGGAAAGCGGCAAGCUCGUGGCUCGCCUGUUCGAGCGGCUCGAGGAGAUCGUGGCGGACCCCCGCCUGCUGGCCUGCGUGCUCGUGGACGAGGUGGAGUCGCUGGCGCACGCGCGCCGCGCCGCGCUCUCCGGCCUCGAGCCGUCCGACUCCAUCCGCGCCGUCAACGCGCUGCUCACGCAGCUGGACCGGCUGCGGCGCCGGCCCAACGCGCUCGUGCUGACCACCUCCAACGUUACGGGCGCCAUCGACGUGGCCUUCGUGGACCGCGCCGACAUCAAGCGGCGCGUGGGCCCGCCCUCGGCGCGCGCCGCCUACGAGAUCCUGCGCGGCUGCUGCGUGCAGCUCAUGGCGCGCGGGCUGGUGACGCCGCGGAGGCUCGGCGCCGCGCGCGCGACGCGCGGUGCCGGCGGGCGGGCGGGCGCGGCGCUGUGGGCGGUGGCGGCGGCGGCGGCGGCGCGGGCGGUGUCGGGGCUGCGGCGGCUGCCGUUCCUGGCGCGCGCGCUGCACGUGCGGGGCGCGUCGCUGCCGCGCUUCGUGGCGGCGCUGGACGCUGCCCUGCGCGACCACCUGGCGGACUCGGCGGCGCUCCAGGACUAGCCGCCGCAUUCAGUCUGCCCGGCCACUUGCGCACUCGAUUAUUAACGAUUGUAUAUAAGAAUGUUAUUUAAUUAAAUUCUAAAAGAA